AUGGAAGGUUUCCCCCAUUCUCAUACAAAUAGCCAGGUUUCUCAAGCAAAACUUCACUCAUUUCACACAAUUGAUCGUAUGUUAUAUGCACUUCUAGUGGCAGAUCUCUUGUGCGAUCCAACAGAUGCCAUGCAGAUCAUGGCCUUUUGGUUAUGGCUAGAGCAGGCUGGCUUUCGAAAUGUCGUAAAAAGAAUAUUACAUCUGCCUCUCAUGCUCAUUGAUGAUCUUGUACAUGAGGCUAACAUAUGCCUCAGUUUCAUCAAGAAUCCACAGGCACUUAAUGAAAUUGGUGACAUUCAUCUCACACUGAGGCUAAUAAAGGACUUUUCUCUCGAGUAUUUACACAAAAAUCAAACACUUGCACAGUCUGGAGUGAAAAUAGUUUGCACUAAUAUCUGCUUGCAGGCUUUUAGUGAUUUAACACAAAAUGCUAUUUUGCAAAAUGAAGUUCGAAAGAGAGCCCAGAGCCAACAGCAAAUCUUUGGGAAUCAAGCACUGUUGCCUAAUGGCUCUGGCAAUGGGGUGGUACCAGCUGAUCAGAGGACCAUGUUUGUCACUUUUUCCAAAGGCUAUUCGGUAGCGGAAUGGGAAAUUCGGGAAUUUUUGGAGAAUAUAUUUGGGGACUGCAUUGAAUCUAUUUACAUGGAGGACGUGACGGAGAUAGAUGAUCAGCCUUUGUUUGCUCGAAUAGUGUUCUUUCAAGCUUCCAUGAUUUAUUUAAUCCUCAAUGGAUUAUCUAAAGCUAGUUUUAUCAUUAAUGGUAAACAUGUUCGGAUGCGCAAGUUCGUUCCAAAAGGCGAAUAG